AGUGAGUAAGUAAGAGAGAGAGGCUGAGUGAGAGAGAGAGAGUGAGUGAGUGAGAGGGAGCCAUAAUGACUGUUACUACUCCCAGUGUAAAUCAGAGCGAUUUCCCCACGUUCGCACAAGGACUCAAGCAGGGAAUUUAACAUCCCCCUCAGCUUUUCCUACACACAAGAAGUAUUCUACGUGGUUAUCUGAUUAGUCUGAUUUUUUUAUUUAAUAUGUUGUAACAUUUAUAAACAUGAUUAUACGGUAGUCUGUGCUUCUCUGGAAGUUUCUUUCCCACCGCUAUCUCUCGUCGCACUUUUCGCGGAGCCGAAUGGCGGUGGAAGCGCGGCCGGAGCUCGUGGGAAGGCGCUUCGUGUGCGCGAGCGGCUCGGAGUCGCUGGAGCUCGGCGGGAUCUCGCGCUGGAGCUGGAGAGCCGGGGUCAUCCGCGCCGUGAGCACGCGUGAGACGGACAGCCCGGGGCUAGCGGUGUGUGUGGAGUGGGAUGGUGAGGCAGCAGCAGAGCGUCACUGGAGGAGGCUGAAGGAGGAGUGGGAGGUGUUUGUGCUGGAGCAUGAGCUGGUGUGGGCCAGGAGGAGAAACACCACCUCACAGGAGAACAGCUCACUGCAGCCUGCACUGGUUUUCCGGCCUUUGAUUGGCCAAGCCCGUGUAGGUGGAGUGUCGGUGGUGGAGUUUCUCUCUGAUAGACAGCUGGAGUUCUACACAGAGCAAGAAGAGCUUUGUCCAUAUGAGGAGGGUGAAGUUGACGAUUUGGCCCUGAGAGAGGAUUCUUCGAGUCGGGAGCAGGUCCAAGCCUGGCUCAGACAGCGCCAGCUCCAGCACAUUCUUCAGCUAGGGCACAACUGUGUGAAGGGCCUCAGGGUGAAGGUGUUCAGACACGACUCCAAACCCCAGUGGCUCUCCGGGAUUGUAAGCCACCAUGAUCACAACAGCAGAACAAUGACUGUUUUGAGUGACCAGGUGUCAGAGCCUCUUAGUGUAGACCAGGAACUCAUUCAGGUGGUUUUCCUGGAUGACAUCAGCCAGUUGUUAUUGAUGGGAGAAACCAACAUAACUAAACGCAAACCUCGCACAAACAAGAUCAACAGGACUAUCCUGAAUACAGUAAACAGGUUAAGCAACACUACAGCAAGGGACCAGGCAUAUAGCUCAGGGCCAGUGCAGAGGAAACAGCCUCAACUGUGCCGACAGGACUCCAACUGCAACCAAGCUGAGGAUGAGGCAGAGGCAAUGAGGGAGGAGAAGAGAGCUGAUGAAGUGAGAGCAGAUUCCUCCAAGAGUAGGAUCAACCAUGGGGAGAGGAAGAGGAGAAAAGUAGUGGAGUUGGAAGAGGAGGAUGAAAAAGAGAAGAGAAGAGUGGGGCUGAAGAGGCUCAAGGGCGGCUGCAGCUCUGACCUGUCUGACUGCAGUGAUUCGGAGAGUGGCAGCUGCAUACUGCAGGAAAUGUCUUGUGACAUAGGGUCAAAAAGCCUGCAGAAGAAACGUUGUGCAUCAAACAGGCCGGCUGACCAUGAAACGGGCCAGAGUCCUGCGGGGCAUGUGGGGCGGGAUUUUAAAGCUUGUUCCUCCCCCAAAGGUGGGGAGCUCUCUCACAGCCAAUUAGCGGAGCUUGAAGGAGUGGGGACAAGCCCUCCUUCCCAGUUCCAUUUACCUGGCCCGUCCUGCAACGGAGCGUUUCAGGGCACUAGAGUUCAGGAGCCGCAGGCCAUUGUGGGACCUGGUUGUGAUAAGAUAGAGGAGGAGAGAGGAGAUGGAACUAUAGAGACGGAGGACAGGAGCGAAGGAGCGUCCCAGGAGGACUCUGAGGCCGUGUCCGCCUUACUGGCAUCCCAGGAGAGUGAGCAGCUGGUUUCCAUGGAAACAGCAUGUGUGUUGCUACACACAUCCCCACCAGAGUGUGAAGGGGUUGAAGGGGACCAGGAGAUUCCAGCAAGUGACCCAGAGAUCAGAGGGUCAGCGUUCACCCACCCAGAGGUUGUCACACCUAUCAGUGACUCAGCAGCCUCAGUGGAGGAGGAGCCUAGAGGAGCUCUGACUCAUUCUACCAUCAUGCCUUUUAAUGCAGAUGUAGAUGCUGGGAAGAGAGCUAAACUAAGUCAGUCUCCUGGAGAUAGCAGUCCUGAACAUGAAGCUGUGCCCCCUUUGAAAAUUUCUCACAAACUGACUGAGCACCCCAGUCCUUGUUCCUCUCCAGAGAUCAUUUCCAAACAUCCAGUGGUCACAGAAGUGUCCAAGCUGAGGCAAAAUGCCUCUCCAGAGGCUUUCAGGAUCAAAGAUAGCAAUUCUGCAGCUAAAUCCAUUACAGGGAAAGCUAACAUUGGCCUUAAAAGCACACAUGGUCCCAAAGUAACCUGCACCUCAGUUCUUAACCAUAGCCAUGCCCCCUCUCUUUCUCCGACUGACCAGCCAGCCCAAUCCGGAACCCCUCCACAGCAUCUUUCCAGCGCUCUAGAUAAGCCAACCAAGAGCCCACUGAUCAUCGACAGGAAUGAGCACUUCACUGUCUACAGAGACCCAGCACUUGUGAGGAAAGAGACAGAGAGCCACCGCUCCUACAUCCAACCUGCACACACCCCACCCAACCCACACCCCAAACAUCACCUUAAGAGCCCCUCCCCCUCUUCCAGCUCCCCCAACCUCACCUCCACCUCCUCUCACUCUAAGAUUAUGAGCCCCACCCCUCACCUCUCCCCCCUCUCCCUAACCUCACAGUCUCCUCUCUGCUCUCCGCACCCCUCCAUCCCUCACCCCCAUCUACUGCCCUCACUUUUGCCUGGCCUGCCCCCUUCCACUGCACUCCUGGCUGGUCACGCUCGGCUAGGGCCUCUUGGUCUCCCGCACCACCCACUGGCUCUACAGGCUACGCCCUCUCUUUUAGGCCAAAGCCCAGGAACUAGCCACCUGGCCCCUCUGGGUCUUUACCCACUCCUAUGGCCUCCGUUCUCCAAUGGGGCCCACAACUAUGGCUUGAGCCUGCAGGGGUCCAAGUGGAAUCACCCAGAGAGUGCAGAAAUGUCCGAGGGUAACCUGAGGAGGAACACACCAAGCCCCUGGCUUCCUCAGCCUACUCCAGUAACCAGUGCAGAAAGUCAGGGGUUAAGACCUCCACUACCUGUGCGCCCAUCAAGCGCUGACCCCCAGAGAGUGUCCAGGGCUGUCCAGCCCAGCACCCCCACCUCCAAAACCACUGAGGAACUUGAGAGGAGAGCGUUCACUGAGACGCAAAGCUGUGUCCACACACCUAUGAAGGCUGAUCUGGAGCGGGUCCGAGCAGUGGGGAAGAACGAGCCCGGCUACCGCCCAGUGGCUCCAGAGUCACCCUCAGAUCGUCCCAAACAGCCUCAAGUGGUCUACGACCUCACAGGUGACCGAACCAGCCACUACCAGGAGGAGAGCCGGCGCAUUCUAAAGGAAAGCAUUGAGGUGGCGCCGUUCACAGCUAAACUGGGUUCAGACAAAGACCCACGGUAUCCCAAAAGCCCUACGCUUCGUUCCAAGGACAGAGAGAAGGAGCGUGACAGAGAGAGGGAAAGAGAAAGAGAGAUGCAUAUGUUCAAGCACAGUUUGCCACCAAGGCCACAGUCAGCCCACCCCUCCCCCACCCAGACCAACUACUACACCCCUAUGACUGGAGUUGUGGAGAACAAACCUUCAGCACGCAGGGCCCCACCCAGCAAGGAGCUAUAUGAGAGGCUGAGUGGUCCUAACACUGCUGCCUCUGUCCUACAUUCACCUAGUACACAGAGCACAGUCAAGGCCAGGCCGCCACCACUUGUGAAGCGCCAUCCUGAGAAAGAGGAAGGACUCCUGGGCAAGAUUGCAGAGCAGUUGGCCUGUAAAGCCAACUCAGUGGUCUCAGUCGAACCAGCGGAACUCAGCAGUGUAGAAAGAAAGGGCUCCUCCACUUCUCUCAUCUCUGUCUCAAAUUCUUCUUCUCGCACCGGUCCCUCACUGCACCGAGCACCGAUUUUCCAUCCUCCAGCACCGCCCAUUCUGGCCUCUAAAGAAACAGGACAGGGUAGAUUGUCUCCUCCCACCCUGACACCUAUCCAGCCAAUGAGCUUAUCUGGCAAAGGUCAGAAUCAGCAGAGACCACCCACACUGAUACCUGAGCUCAGACAUGGAGCUGUUGCUGGAAAGAGGAUAGCCCCUGAGCCAAUAAGUAUGACAAGUCAAGCUUAUGACUUACAGAGAGGUGGAGUUUUGCACAACCGAGAGAGAGUGGUGGGAGGUCACACGACCAACGGAGGCGUGGUCACCCCACAGUCCGCCACAGCUUCUGUUAUUGUUCGACCAUCAAGCUACAUGCAUACGCCUGUGAACUACUCCGUCAAUGAUAGAUCUCUUCCCCGACCUCACUGUGAACAUGUGAGAACAUUUGAAAGUGUGCCAAACACACACUUAAAGGAAGGUAGUGUACAAUGUAAGAGGGGUGUCUUAUGGACCCCUAUGGACACUGUACAUCCGAUCAACAUGGUCACCUCAAAGCAGGAUGUUAAUGCACCCUUGAACAUGACAACUAAAAAUAUAAGUACAGCUCACUUUGCAAAUCGUGGAAUGAAAUAUUCAAGUAUAGAUACGCCACACUCAAGAGUUGACGUAGUAUCUGAGCAAUGUAAAAAGAAUGAGGUUGGGACAGUUCAGCCAAAGUUUGAUUUCUCCUCUACUCCCUGCUGCCCUACUAGAGACCUCCCUCAUGUGAAGAAACGAAGAGCCGGGCUCGCUGCUCCAGAACCAAGACACAAUACACACACAGUCCAGCCCCUACACACUACACACACUUUGAACUCUACCAAGAGUGUUUCGCACACCUCACACAGUAGGUACAGCACUUACACUACACACAGCACACACACCAUAUGUACUGCACACGCUUUGGAGAGGGAUAAAGAGUCUAUAUUCAAUCCAAGUCCUCCAAAAUGUCCUAGGCUUUUCUCCGAAGUCACUGAUGUUAGGGUCACAAACAAACCAAGCUCAAUGGCCAAAAGUCAGUCACCAGCUCCUCCACCUAAUACCAACCAAUCUGCUCAUUCUGGUCAGAACAACUACCACAAACUAAAAAAGGCCUGGCUGACCCGCCACUCUGAGCAGGACAGAGGUAAUGCCACCUCCCAGACAACAGGGUGCAGUCAAAUGGAUACCACCCUCACCAGCACAAGCAGUGUCUCCUUGCCAACUAAACAAGAGGUGAAUGGGCUGGAGAACAAAUGGUCCAUCCAGCAGGGCAAAGAGUGUUCUCUGGACAACAGAAAGUCCAAUUCUCUGGACUGGAGAUGCUCUCCAGAGGACAGAAAGUCUAACGGAAGCAAUACAAUGCCCAAAACUGAGAACAAGAAACCUGUCGUGGGGGAUAGGAAAGCUACCUUAGUGGAUAUAAAGCCUAUCAUGGACAGAAAUGGUAACUUCGAUGACAAGAAGCUGUAUGCUAAUGAGAGGAAACCAAGCCCAGUCCCCAUAAAGACAGAAAAGGACAAUCGUGGGGACAAACAGAUUUUUCAGUCAAGCUUUGAAAGUGGUGAUUCGGGCAAUGAAAGCGAGAGUCGCAAAUCUGAUUCAGGGGGCAAACGCCAGCUGAAACCCAUGCUCAUAAAGAAGCAGAACGACCAGCAGAAAAAGAGAGGAGAGAAUGACAAAGAGGAGCAUGAAGAGGUGGAAGAAGAAGAGGGGAAAACGAAUGGAACUUUCCGGACUACAAAAGAGAAAUCUCAGCACAGGCUGCCCAGCAGCAAUGGCAUCCCUCGUUCAGUGCUGAAGGACUGGAGGAAGGUGAAGAAGCUGAAACAGAGUGGUGAGGCCUUUCUGCAGGACGACUCGUGUGCUGAGAUUGGUGCUAAUGUGCAGAAGUGCCGCGAGUGCCGGCUGGAUCGCUCACGCAAAGCCCAAGAGCCUGCUGUCUCACCCGUCUUCUGCCGCUUUUACUACUUCCGCCGACUGUCAUACAGCAAGAAUGGAGUAGUGCGUGUGGAUGGAUUCUCUGUUGCCGAGCAGUCUGAUGAGGACGCAGUGAAGGUCUGGAUGUCUGGAUUUGAGGAUGUAGAAGACAAGGAUAAGAGAGAGAUGGAGCUCAACACAGCCAAAUAUAUCCUCACACUCAUAGGAGACCAGUUCUGCCAGCUGGUCAAGACUGAGAACAUCGCUGUCACCUGGGUCAAGAAAGACAGCCAGGUGAUGUGGAAACGGGCUGUGCGGGGUGUGAGGGAGAUGUGUGAUGCAUGUGAGGCCACUCUGUUCAACAUGCACUGGGCCUGUCAUAAGUGUGGCUUUGUGGUAUGUAUGGACUGCUACAAAGCCCGUGAGAGGAAGAGUGCCAAAGAUAAAGAGCUGUAUGCCUGGGUUAGGUGUGUGAAAAACCAGCCCCACGACCUAAAGAAUCUAAUGCCUACACAAAUAGUCCCAGAAAUAGUGUUGGCAGGCCUGCAGAGCUCCAUGCACUCCAUAAGGAGAGAAUAUGGCAUUCCCUCUCACUGCUCAUGCUCUGGGAACAGCAUCUUCUCCCCUAAACCCAUCACCACCUACGGUUUCUCACAGCUUUCAGCAAAGGCACAGUGUGACUCCAAGAGCCAGCAGAGCUCGCCACAGGUCCCCGAUCAACAGAGGAGUGCACAGGACGCAGCUCACAAGACCCCCACAGAGAGAAGAGGGAAGCCGGAGUGUGACAGGGUGGAGGCUCUGGGCAGGAAGUCCAGCAGUCCAGAGCAGGGCUCCACUUUGCGAGACCUGCUGACCUCCACAGCUGGGAAACUGCGACUGGGGUCCAGUGGCCCUGGAAUAGCCUUUGCGCCCGUUUACAACAACAAUGAUCAGAACACUCAGAACACUCGAAUGCCCAACCUCCUGGAUGACAUCAUAGCCUCAGUUGUGGAGAAUAAGAUUCCCGCCUCUAAGAUGGCCAAACUGGGACUGAAGCAGGAUUUGCUGACAGAAGAAGAGGCGGAGCUGGGACUAGAGGAGGUGAAAUCUGAUCAAAUCCCAUUGGCUGACCCUCAUGCCAGCAUCCCUCAUGAUUGGCUAGGCAUCCACCGGCUGCUCUGGCUUAAAGAUCACCGUCACCUAGGCAACCAAAGACUGUUCAAAGAGAACUGGACACAAGAGCAGCCAGUGCUGGUCUCCGGACUGCACAAGAGUCUAAAUGCCAGUCUGUGGAAGCCAGAGCACUUCAGCCGAGAGUUCUCUGCUCUCCACAGCGAUAUCUACAACUGCCGUGAUGGGAGCAUCACAAACUCGCGCGUCAAGGAAUUCUGGGAUGGCUUUGAAGAUGUGUCAAAGAGACCUAAGUCUCCUAAAGGUGACCCUGCAGUAUACAGACUGAAAGACUGGCCCUCUGGGGAGGAGUUCCUGGCCCUCAUGCCAUCCAGGUAUGAAGAUGUGAUGAGCACUCUGCCAGUUCCAGAAUACACUGGUCCAGAUGGCAGUCUAAACCUGGCCUCACGCCUGCCAUCGUUCUUUAUCAGGCCAGACCUGGGCCCUCGCCUCUGCUGUGCUCAUGGUGUGACAGCAUGCCCAGAGCAGGACUUUGGAACCAGCAAUCUGCAUGUUGAAAUUUCUGACACCAUGAGUAUUCUGGUCUAUGUGGGCAUAGCCAAAGGCAACGGGGCACUCUCUAAGACAGGAGUACUGAAGCUCUUAGAGAGAGAAGCUCUGGAUGAGAGUGCGAAGAAGAGGCUGAGAGAUCCCAGUGAAACUCCAGGUGCACUAUGGCACAUAUUCUUGAGUAAAGACCUCCAUAAGAUCCAGGAUUUCCUCCAAACGCUAUCAGCAGAGCAUGCUGAGGCAGACGCUGAAGCUGACUCUGAUGCGGAGUGGGACAGUGAGGCAGACCCCCUGCGAGAGGGCGGCUGGUACCUGAGCCCUAGACUCCGGCAGAGACUGCUUGAGGAGCAUGGCGUGGAGAGCCGCACGUUGCUCCAGUUUUAUGGAGAUGCUGUUAUUAUCCCAGCUGGAGCGCUACACCAGGUCAUGAAUUUGCACAGUUGCAUCCAGGUGAAUGUGGACUUUGUCUCCCCUGAACACGCCCACAACUCCUAUUAUCUGACCCAGGAGCUCCGCCCCCUCAAAGACCAAGUAAACUAUGAGGACAAACUACAGGUAAAGAACAUCAUCUACCACUCAGUGAAAGAUGCUGUUGCUACACUGGGCAGGCAUUUGAAGGAGCAGAGCACACUGGAGGAGGUGAAAGAAGAAGAGUCCUGACAGCGUCCCUUCUCAUCCUCAGACCAGACCGAAUGGAGCAUGACCACCUCCAUAUUCUUCACUGAGGAAGCCACUGGUCUGAAAACCAAAGCUGGAGCUGCAGACUUUACACCAAUAAAACGAAAACACUCUUUUGCUUCCAUGCAAGAACAUGUCACUUCCUCCAUGACAUCAGUCUUCUCUUUUGAUUUUAUUCUCUUCGUCUAAUCUUUCUCUGACACCCAUCCCCGCCCUGAUGUCUUCCUGCUUGGACAGGAAGUGAAGUAAGGGGUUGAGACAUGGCUGAACCAGCGAGACAGGGGAAAUACAACUCUCUCGCUCUUCUGAGCAUGAAACUGCAAGGCUGCUGGGCAGGAAGGUGAACUGCUAAGCACAGCACUUUCAGACUCAUGCUGUGUGAGUUACAGUAGGCUGUGGGAAACCACUGAAAAAGAACAACUACAUUUUUUUUUCCAGAAGAAGAUAUUCUAAGGCAAAUUUUAAUCAGUAAUUAUCAUGCUGCUAACCGUUUAGCUAAACUGUCUGCUGAGGUUCGGACAGUUGGGAGAGCAGCUAGGCCAACAACCAUAGCAGCAUUCCUUUAUGUCAGCCAACACCAAGCUGUUAGCUUAUUCUGUUCAUUUCAAAGCUCAUAUUAAAUUAUUAACAGUUUGGCAGGUAUUCACUGUGCUGAAGAAGAAUACAAAAGAAUUUGCAGUAUAUGAUGUGUUUGUUAAAAAAAAUGUGAGAUUUUCAGCUGAAAUAUAAUAUGUAAAUAGCAGAAUAUACAUAUAAUAUAUUAAUUAUGAUUUUUCUAUAACAUGGUGUGCUUUAUUUGCUGUAUGUGUCGUUUGCUACUGUAUGUACAUUGAAGUAAAAGAGAUGUUUUACAUUUUCCAUUAAAAAUGGAACAAUCAAAAUA